AAUGCGCCACUGCAGCUGGGGGGGUCCAGAUCACCAUCUAUCGGGAAGGCAGAGCGACCCCUCCCGCACGCGGGACCAAUCCGUUCCGACCCGCCCCACCCGGGGAGGACGAAGAAGCCCGAUUGUACGGCAGUCCACGUCCUCCGAGGAGCCGCCGCCGCCCGGCUGGACCCCGGCGCUCCCCCAGCAUGGUCACUAUAAUCAGCACAAUGGAGACCCAGGUGUCCAACGGCCCCACAAGCAACAGUUCCCUCCCCAAUGGGCCACUGAUCAGUGCCAAUGGGGCCACCGAUGAUUCCAAAACUAACCUCAUAGUUAACUACUUGCCCCAGAACAUGACACAAGAGGAAUUCAAGAGUCUGUUCGGAAGUAUUGGAGAGAUUGAAUCAUGCAAGCUGGUUCGAGACAAAAUCACAGGGCAGAGUUUAGGCUACGGCUUUGUCAACUAUGUUGAUUCCAAUGAUGCUGACAAAGCAAUCAACACCUUGAAUGGACUCAAACUGCAGACAAAAACAAUCAAGGUGUCCUAUGCACGGCCGAGCUCUGCUUCUAUCCGUGAUGCCAAUCUCUAUGUGAGUGGCCUGCCCAAAACCAUGAGUCAGAAAGAGAUGGAGCAGCUCUUCUCACAGUAUGGACGUAUCAUCACCUCCCGUAUCCUUGUGGAUCAGGUCACAGGUGUGUCUAGAGGUGUGGGAUUCAUCCGCUUUGACAAGAGGAUAGAAGCUGAGGAAGCCAUCAAGGGGCUGAAUGGACAGAAACCGCUGGGUGCUAGUGAGCCCAUCACAGUCAAGUUUGCCAAUAACCCCAGCCAGAAGACAGGGCAAGCAUUACUCACACACCUGUAUCAGACCACAGCCCGGCGGUACACAGGGCCUUUGCAUCACCAAACUCAGCGAUUCAGGCUCGACAAUUUGCUAAACAUGGCAUACGGCGUCAAGAGGUUCUCUCCUAUCACGAUCGACAGCAUGACCAGUCUGGCAGGAGUCAAUUUGACCGGGGCCUCCAGUGCUGGCUGGUGCAUCUUUGUGUACAACCUCUCUCCAGAGGCAGAUGAGAGCGUCCUCUGGCAGCUCUUUGGGCCCUUUGGAGCUGUCACCAACGUCAAAGUAAUCCGCGACUUCACCACCAACAAGUGCAAAGGCUUUGGCUUUGUCACCAUGACCAACUAUGAUGAAGCUGCCAUGGCCAUCGCCAGCCUCAAUGGCUACCGACUGGGUGACCGAAUCCUCCAGGUUUCCUUCAAGACCAGUAAGCAACACAAGGCAUGAGUGAGCAAAUGCGCCAGAGAGAUGGGGGGAGGGGGGAGCAACAGUGUGCUGGAAACAGCUCUCUUCCCCAACUCGCCACAAGAACGGAAAUGUUCAUUGACUCAAUGUUGCAGAAUAUUCAACCGCCAGACACCGUGAUCUUUGGGAAGCAGGAGGCUCCUCCCCCUCCUUCUCCCCAUGCCCGACAGCCCAGCGGGAAGCACGGAUGCAGCAACUUGUCAGCCACUUCUUGAAAAUUAAACCCUGUUCUGACAGCAUGCAGGGGUGACAUCUGCUCAGAAUAGGAUACCUCUCUUGUUUCUAUGCUUGGUGACCCCUCCCUCUUUCAAGGCUUUCUUAACAUACAUGCCCAGGUCUGAAGCUUUCUCCAGUUGUCCAUAUAUCUUUCCCUCUAUGAAUUCCACACCUGUACGGUUUCUUUGGUGGACAGUUUUUCUGACCCUGGAGGAUGAAAAAACAUUCCCGGUAAGGUGUGAUAGAAAUGCCCCCUUCAUGUUAAAACAUUGUGAACCAAUAAAUCCAAGAAGGUCAUGACUGUUACUCUGAGCUAGCCGAGGGGGAGGAAUUAAAAAGAUUCAGCUCACCACCUUUGUUCUCUUACAAUGCAAAAAGAAAGAAAGAAAAAGAACAAAUGUGGUUGGAGGAGAUUGCACUCAUCUCAUCUGUUGGUCUAAUAUGUUAGUGAUACAGGUUCUUAAUCCCACUG